AUGCUGAGCGAGCAAGAGCUGAGUAUUGCCAUGAUGGUGACCUCACGAGAAGUUUUCAAUGCACUUUCCCAGCUUGUUCCAUGUGUUGGUUGUCGAAGGAGUGUGGAACGCCUUUUCACUCAGCUUGUGGAGUCUGGAAACCCUGCACUGGACCCUCUCUCAGUGGGUGCGAAGGGUGUGUGCUCACUCUAUCACACAGUUGUAUGACUGAUGCCACAAAAUUGUACACGCUGUUUUAUGUGCGGGGAACUAAACUAAGCAGUAUGAUUGAAGCGAUUCCAAAAAGCAAGAAGAAUAAAAGAUGCCAGCUUCAUUCAUUAGAUACACACAAGCCAAAGCCUUUGGGGGGAAACUGGAUGGACAUUUGGGAAGUCAUGUCCCAGGAAUGCCGCGAUGAAGUUGUUUUAAUUGAUUCCAGCUGUCUUUUGGAAACCUUGGAAAAUUACCUACGGAAACACAGGUUUUGCACAGAUUGCAAGAAUAAAGUACUUAGAGCAUACAACAUUUUAAUUGGAGAACUGGACUGUAGUAAAGAAAAGGGCUAUUGUGCUGCACUGUAUGAAGGUCUUCGGUGUUGCCCUCAUGAACGACACAUUCACGUCUGCUGUGAGACGGAUUUCAUUGCUCAUCUCCUGGGUAGAGCAGAGCCAGAGUUCGCCGGCGGGUAUGAGCGUAGGGAAAGGCAUGCUAAAACGAUAGACAUUGCACAAGAAGAAGUCUUGACGUGCCUGGGAAUUCAUCUCUAUGAGCGUCUGCAUCGCAUCUGGCAGAAAUUAAGAGCCGAGGAGCAGACCUGGCAAAUGCUGUUUUAUCUUGGUGUUGAUGCCUUACGCAAGAGUUUUGAGAUGACUGUUGAGAAAGUGCAAGGAAUUAGCCGGCUAGAACAGCUGUGUGAAGAGUUUUUGGAAGAGGAAAGGGUUCAGGAGCUUAAGCAAGAAAAGAAGCGGCAGAAGAAGAAAAACAGGAGAAAAAACAAAUGUGCAUGUGAUAUGCCAUCAUCACCAGAAAGUAUGGAGACAAUCACCACAAGUCAGGAAAAGGAGACACCAGGCUUUGCAGAUAUGGGCUGCAAGUCUUGCAAUGGUAUAGAAGACAACAGCUGUGUAGAAGUGGUAAUAACACAUGAAAACUCUUCAUGCACUUGUCCAAAUAGUGGGAAUCUCCUGGCAUCUUCAAAAAUGAAAAAGGGCUUAGCACCACGUUCCAAUGGAAGUGAUUGUGGUUAUUCAUCUAGCAUGGAAGGUAGUGAACCAGGAUCUCGGGAAGGGUCAGAUGUGGCUUGCACUGAAGGCAUUUGCAACCAUGAUGAAGCAGGUGAGGAUUCAUGUGUCAAUUGUGACAAGGAAGAAGAAGAUGGUGAUAGCUGUGUGGAAUGUUGGGCCAAUUCAGCAGAGGAUAGUCUGAAAGGAAAAAAUAAAAAGAAGAAGAAGAAAUGCAAACCAUUUAAAUGUGAAAAAGAGAGUCAUGGGGCCUGUGCAUCUGAAAUUCCAGACAACAUACACAAUGAUCAGUCCAAAGAUGGCAAAGCUGAUAGCUGUUGUUCUUCCAUGAAAAUCAAUGGACAGUCAUGCAUAGAUCACCAGAGUGAAUUAUUAAAAUGCACAGGGUCAGGACAACCAUCAGACAAUUUGGAAGGUGGAAGAGAAACAAAAACCUUAAAAGAACUUCUGGAUGAAUCAGAAUGCACUUCAGAAGAGGAAGAUGGUCUAUCACAGGAUGAAAUCCAGGCCUUUAUGGCAAACAACCAGUCCUUUAUCAGCAACCGGCAGCAGUUUAGACAGUAUCUGAAGGAAAAGUUUAAUAAGUACUGUCUCCGACAUGAUCACCGGAAUCCUGUUUGUAGUAGCUGGUUGGCAACAGCUGGAGCAAAUUAA